AUGAGUGAUGAUGCGUUAUUCGCUUGGGAUUGCGAAACGUAUUCAGAAAAAGACACGCGAAGAGCAAUUCCUUAUGCCUGCGCUUUAAUUAAUUUAGAAAAACUAAGAAAAAAGUUAGAAACAAUAAAAAAUAUCUUUCCAAAUAUAAAUCCUACUGAUAAUGUUCCAGAAGAAUUUUAUGAUAAACUAAUGAAUGUAGUAGAAAUAUUUGUAGAUGAAGAUUUACAGAAAAAAUGGAAAAGACAGAAAGAAAUAAAGGGUAAUUAUUUACAACAUAUUAAUUUCACAUGUUCCUAUCAACAUGAAAAAUCUAGUUUGGCUGCAUGGGGAAAUUCUUGCAAUCUUCUCGCGAAUUUGAGAAAGAUUGCCGACGUAGAUAUCGCUAAAUACACGCAAGACAACUGGGAGGAAUUGAGAUACGAAUGGGAACCUUACGCCAAGAGAGACACUCUGUUUGGGAGCUUGUUUGAUAAAAUACAACCAAGUCAUGAAAGAAGUUGUAAACCAGAAUAUGUCCAAUAA